AUUUAGGUGAUACUUUCAUUUGUAUAGAUUAAGGCUCCAUGACUGUAAUAGUAGCAUCAUUAUUUCUUCCUUAUACGGUCAAAUUCGAGGUUGGUCCUCAGGAAGUUGCUCCUGAUGCUCCAGCAAAGCCUCAAGCCGCGUUUUCAACCCCAACGUCAAACGCUCUGUCUAUUUUACCAACUUUAAGUAGCGUGGAAACCCCUAAAUCAGGCUCGCCACACCCCCGGAAACUUUCCACAGACUCGCCUUUCGGAACCCCAUUAGGCGGAUCCGUGGGACCUGGCACUCCUGGACCUGCUGGCUUGGAUAUAUCCAACUCUGCCGCCGAAGAGUUUUUCUAUAAACGUCAUCCUAUCAAAAAACCAAAUGCUUCUGAUACUCUUACUGACAAUCUCCAAGAGAAAUUGGGUCUGCAAUUGAUCCAACCCAAACCAAGAGUCGUUUUGCAACCAAAUUCAUCAGUUGUAGAUUUAAAGAAACGCAGCGAAGAAGUUGGCUUACCACCUUCUUUGAAAGUGAAUCGUUCUUCUACCAAUUUAGCGAAUUCAUCUAGUACUUCAGCUGUGAAUCUUUUGUCUAUGGGUAGCGGAACCUCUGGAGUCGCUCCACCACCAAAUAGAGCACGUUCUCUGUUGAGCAAAUCUUCUAAACCGAUGUUUAACUUGCACAACUUGAGCACAGGUUCAUUAACAGAGGUGUUGAGUGAAGAUGAGGAAUCUGAUCAUGUUGCAAACAAUUCUUCGGGUAAACUCCAGGUGAAGUUGCCAACUUCCCAAUCAGAGCUGACCGAAGCAUUCCAAGAAAUCGAUGCCGACGAUUGGUCGCACCAAUUCAAUGACAUGGUUCAUGGACGUGCUGCCACAAAAUUGGCUCCCUUUGGAGGAUUUUCCAACCCAGGUAUUGAAAGUGACUUACUUUCAUGUCAAAACAUUUUUGAUACUGCUCCUUGGAAGGUGACGUUUACAGAUCAGGGAAAUGGAUCACUUACCAAAGCUGUAAAACUUGCAACUGAACAAGGGAUCAUCGAGAACCGGAAAUGGGUUGGUACUCUUUCCAUGCCAAGUGACUAUGUUUCAAGUAAGGUCAUUGACGAUAUUGCCCAUACUUUGAGUGCUGACUAUAACUCUGAUGCCAUCUUUCCAAAUGAUGACACUUUCCAGGGCCAUUAUAAGUCUUAUUGUAAGCAAAUUUUGUGGCCAACCCUUCAUUACCAAAUCCCAGAUGACCCUAAAUCAAAGGCAUUCGAGGCACACUCUUGGGAUCAGUAUAAACUUCUUAACCAAAUGAUGGCCGACAAGGCUGUUGAGGUAUAUCUUCGUGAAAACGGUGACUCCUCAUUCGAUGAUCCAAAUAACAUUAUUUGGGUUCAUGACUAUCACCUUAUGCUUGUUCCUAAUAUGAUUAGAAAGAAGUUGCCAAAUGUCAAGAUUGGAUUUUUCCUUCAUGUAUCAUUCCCUUCAAGUGAAGUAUUUAGAGUGUUUGCUUUUAGAAAGGAACUUCUUGAAGGUAUGCUUGGUGCCAACUGCAUCUCAUUUCAAACUGAUGAGUACGUUAGACAUUUCCUUCAAACUUGUAGUAGAUUGCUUUUGGCUGAUACAAAUGAAAUGGGUAUUUCCUAUGAGGGAAGGUUUAUUUUAGCCAAUACAAUUCCAGUAGGUAUCGAUGCACCAUCGGUAAAGAAACAACUCACUACAGAUGUUGUUCAAGAAUGGCGCCUGUUGAUCAGGGAACGUUGGGGAGACCAAAGACUUCUUGUAAGUAGAGAUAAACUUGACAAGCUUAGAGGUAUUAAGCCAAAGUUGUUGGCAUAUGAAAAAUUGUUAAAGAAACAUCCUGAAUAUGUGGACAAUACGGUGUUGAUUCAAAUUUGUAUUGGAUCAUCACAAGAUCCCGACUAUGAAGCCGAGAUCAUGAAAAUUGUUGCAAGAAUUAAUUCGUUACCAGAAAACAUUUCGAUCAGUCAACCGGUGAUUUUUUUGCAACAAGAUAUUGAAUUCGAACAAUAUUUGGCAUUGCAAUGUGAAGCAGACGUGUUUGUGGUCUCAUCGAUGCGUGAGGGUCUCAAUUUGACAUGUCAUGAAUUUAUUGUCGCUACCAGUGAAAAGAAAUCUCCAUUGGUUCUCAGUGAAUUCACUGGGUCAUCCCCAUUGCUCGAAUGUAAUGGAAAGGGUGCUCUCCUCAUUAACCCUUGGGAUUUAAGAGGUCUUACCGAUUCAUUUGAAAAACUGUUGAAUAUGUCCAAGGAAGAGAAAGAGUUAAGAUGGAAGAAUUGUUACCAAAUUGUUCUUGAUCAAGAUUCAAAUAAUUGGAUUACCAAGUGUCUUCAAAGUAUUAGAGAAGCUUGGAGCUAUGAUCAAAGGAAAUCACGUAACAAUAUUGAAAUGUUUACUAAGGCGGUAUUAGAUAAGUUCUAUAACCAACCUACAAACUCAGGGAAACGUCUUAUUUUCCUCAACUUGGAAACUCCACUGGCUAUCUCUGCCAUUUAUGACACUUCUUCAAGUUCAGGAAAGACUCCAGCCGCUGGUAAGACUGAUUCCUUCUCAGAACCAUCUAGAAUUGCAAAUUUAUUGAGUGACUUGUUACUCGAUCCACUCAAUCAUGUUUAUCUUAUUACAUUCCUCAAGCGUGCAGACUUGGAUAUAUUAUAUCGUACUAGUGCUAACUUGGGGCUUAUUGCUGAAAAUGGUGGAUACAUCAAACUUAUUGGUUCCAAAUCUUGGGUAUCCAUCGUGGAUGAGAAAGAAACCCUGAGCUGGAUGCCUCAAGUGACUAAGCUUAUCGCUUCUAAGGUGGAAAGACUUCCUGGUUCGCAUAUAGAGGUGGAGGAUUGUACAAUUAGGUUCCAUCCUGGGCGUGCCUUCCUCGAAGAUCAUAACAGAAGUAUGGAUGUUAUGGGUGACUGUAUCCAACAUAUUAAUGAAGUCUUUAGUGAAAAGGAUGGAGUGCAUGCUACUCUUAUUCGUAAUGUUGUUAUUGUCCAGCAAAAUCAACUUACUCUUAAAGCCCUCAAAUUCGUAUUAUCAUAUUACACUCAGGUAGAAAAGGGAAUCCAGUCUCAUGACUUAAUUGAAGAUUUCCAGGUGAAGAAGAUAAGUAGUUCCCAACCAAUGUCCAAGAUCUCACUGGAAGAUUUGAAACUUUCCGAUACCGAUAAGUUAGACAAGGCUGUUACUUCGUUGUUAAUUGCUGGAGGGUCCACCCUUAUUGAUGAACCUGGGUUUGAAUAUGCAAAGGAACUCAAACAAAGUGGCGAGAUUGAAAAUGUUCUUACAGUGGCUGUUCUUGGAUCUGAAGCAGAACUGAGAACAUCUGCAGCUUACGGUGUUGCCGGUAAAAAUGAAUUGUUAGGAUUGUUGGCCAAGGUUAAAAGUUAAUAGAUGUAUGUAGACAGAUAUUGAAUUAAUGGAUUAUGAGUUGAUAUGAAUGUAGUAUGUAUAUACCACCUAAAUUUUCUAUUGUACAAAUAUAUAUAUAUGCAAAAGUCUAAAAGAACGUCGAGGUAGUCAUAUGUUAUUGAGUCUGGAAUACCUGACGCGAUUCUUUUAAGA